GGGACACCGAACACCGGACACCGCUUGGCAUCCUAGCGCCUCAUGGAAUGAAAGGAGCGUCGGUGCCUGCCGGAUCCUCCCCUGCUCAGCGCCACCCCCCAGCUGGUCAGCCUGGCGGUGGUGGUGGUGAACACCGCAGCGCGAAUGCACAUUUUUCUGUGUCUGAAAGAUCAUUUGCUUUAUAUUCCAAAGUAAGGAAUGUCGCACGGUACUCUUUCUCUGUUAGAUGAGACGCUGGGGUGGCUCAUUGCGUUGUAACGGCAAAAAUUAUCUGUGCCUAACACGAAUUUUGUUACAAGUCUGUUGUUGGUACCGCUGUUCCUCUCCUCCCACGCCCAGCUGAGGCAGAAGUGUCCCUUGCUCACCGAGUGCCGGCAUCGUCCAUGAGAGGUCACUGUAUCCAGGGAGAUGCCACCGGGAGCGCACACCGAGGGUGAUUGGUGCUCUCAGAGAACGAAGAGCUCGGAUCCAAGUUCUCUCCGCUCAGAAAGUCAGAUUUCUAAGGAGUUAUGUAAACUCGUGGCAAGAUUUAGACAUGUCUCAGCUGAAUCGUCGUAGGAGGGAAGUUGAGUCAAGUAUGGCAGCCAGAAUACAGAAAGCCCUGGCCCCGAGGGUAGGUAUGUUAAAAAGAGGAGCGCCCAGGAAGCUUUGUGCAGGAAGCCAAGAAGGAGCAACACGGGAGACGCAGCGGGGAGACUUUGGCAGGUGGUGCUGGUGACGCACAGAAGUUACUUUGCCUUCGGAAAGGAAAAAAGCCGUGUCUGCUGCUUAUGUAGGUGUGUUUUCGUGCCCCCGGGAAGUUGCCCGGGUCGCGCAGCGGCGGCGGAGCGGCGGCGGCUCGUCCUGGGCAGCGGCGGCAGCAGAUGAUGGUGGCGGCGCGGCGGUAGCGCGGCGGCGGCAUCCCGCACCCGCGGAUGCACUGCCCAUCGCCAUCGCCAUCCCCAUCCUCAUCCCCCCGCGGAAGGGACACCUGAGGCUCCGGCAGGCGGGCGGGGAUCGCCGCCGCUCGGAAGGGGAGAGCGUGCCGGGGGAAGGCGGGCCGGCGCUCGGCUGUGUGUGCCGGUGGGCAGGGGGCUGGUUAUCAUGGCGGAUCGGACGGCUCCGCGCUGCCAGCUCCGGCUGGAGUGGGUGUACGGCUACCGGGGCCACCAGUGCCGCAACAACCUGUACUACACGGCGGGGAAAGAGGUGGUGUACUUCGUGGCUGGAGUCGGCGUGGUUUACAACACCAGGGAGCACAGCCAGAAAUUCUUCCUCGGGCACAACGACGAUAUUAUCAGCCUUGCAGUUCACCCGGAUAAAACGUUGGUAGCCACAGGGCAGGUUGGGAAGGAUCCCUACAUUUGCAUCUGGGAUUCCUACCGAGUCCAGACCGUGUCUGUCCUGAAGGAUGCGCACACGCACGGCGUCGCCUGCCUGGCCUUCGACUCGGACGGCCAGCGUUUGGCUUCCGUGGGACUGGAUGCCAAAAACACGGUGUGUAUUUGGGACUGGAAGAGAGGAAAGCUCCUGGCAACAGCUACAGGCCACUCUGACAGGAUAUUUGAUAUUUCCUGGGAUCAAUAUCAGCCAAACAGAAUUGUCAGCUGUGGAGUAAAACACAUAAAGUUUUGGACAUUGUGUGGAAACGCCCUGACAGCAAAGAGAGGAAUAUUUGGUAAAACGGGAGAUCUCCAAACAAUCCUGUGUUUAGCCUGUGCUAAAGAAGACAUCACCUACUCUGGGGCUUUAAAUGGGGACAUCUAUGUUUGGAAAGGGCUCAACUUGGUCCGCACAAUUCAAGGAGCACACAGUGCUGGAAUUUUUAGUAUGUAUGCUUGUGAAGAAGGCUUUGCCACUGGAGGGAGAGACGGCUGCAUUCGGCUGUGGGACACGGAGUUCAAACCAAUUACUAAAAUUGAUCUCAGGGAGACUGAGCAAGGAUACAAAGGCCUGUCCAUCCGCAGCGUGUGCUGGAAAGCCGACCGGCUCCUGGCGGGGACGCAGGACAGCGAGAUCUUCGAGGUGCUGGUGCGGGAGCGGGACAAGCCCAUGCUGAUCAUGCAGGGCCACUGCGAGGGGGAGCUCUGGGCCCUGGCCGUGCAUCCCAAGAAGCCUUUGGCCGUCACCGGCAGCGACGAUCGCUCCGUGCGGUUGUGGAGCCUUGCUGACCACGCCUUGAUCGCUCGCUGCAAUAUGGAAGAGGCCGUGCGGAGCGUGUCCUUCAGUCCCGACGGAGCCCAGCUGGCACUUGGGAUGAAAGAUGGCUCCUUCAUUGUCCUCAGAGUAAGGGACAUGACCGAGGUGGUUCACAUCAAGGACCGCAAGGAGGUGAUCCAUGAGAUGAAGUUCUCCCCAGAUGGCUCCUACCUGGCCGUGGGCUCCAACGAUGGGCCCGUGGACGUCUACGCCGUCGCCCAGAGAUACAAAAAAAUUGGGGAAUGCAACAAAUCCUCCAGCUUUAUCACCCACAUCGACUGGUCUGUGGACAGCAAGUUCCUGCAGACCAAUGAUGGUGCUGGAGAGAGGCUCUUCUACAAGAUGCCCUCUGGGAAACAUCUAACAAGCAAAGAUGAAAUCAAAGGGAUUCACUGGGCUUCAUGGACCUGUGUGAUAGGAUCUGAAGUGAGUGGAAUUUGGCCAAAAUACACAAACAUCACAGAUGUCAACUCCGUGGAUGGGAAUUACAACAGCUCUGUGCUGGUGACUGGUGAUGACUUUGGCCUGGUGAAAUUAUUCAGAUUUCCAUGCCUAAAGAAAGGAGCUAAAUUCAGGAAAUACGUUGGCCACUCAGCCCACGUCACCAAUGUGCGCUGGUCCCAUGAUUUCCAGUGGGUUUUGAGCACGGGAGGUGCUGAUCACUCUGUUUUUCAGUGGAGAUUUGUUCCAGAAGGGAUAACCAAUGGCAUCCUGGAAGCCUCUCCACAAGCAGAGGGUGGUGUUGAUUCCUACAGUGAGGAAUCAGAUUCAGAUUUAUCUGACGUGCCAGAGUUGGAUUCUGACAUUGAGCAGGAAGCUCAAAUCAACUAUGAUCGCCAGGUUUACAAAGAAGACCUACCUCAGCUAAAACAGCAAAGUAAAGAGAAAAACCAUUCUGUGCCGUUCCUUAAGAGAGAGCGAGCGCCCGAGGACAGCUUGAAGCUGCAGUUUAUACAUGGGUACAGGGGCUAUGACUGCAGGAACAACCUGUUCUACACGCAGGCAGGGGAGGUGGUUUAUCACAUCGCCGCUGUGGCCGUCGUCUACAACCGGCAGCAGCACUCGCAGCGCCUCUACCUCGGCCACGACGACGACAUCCUCAGCCUCAGCAUCCACCCCGUCAAGGACUAUGUGGCUACUGGCCAGGUUGGAAGAGAUGCUGCUAUCCAUGUUUGGGACACCCAGACCCUGAAAUGUUUGUCAUUGCUCAAAGGCCAGCACCAGAGAGGAGUGUGUGCACUGGAUUUUUCAGCUGAUGGGAAAUGUUUGGCAUCUGUGGGGCUGGAUGAUAACCAUGCCAUUGUGUUCUGGGACUGGAAAAAGGGAGAAAAGCUGGCAACAACCAGGGGCCAUAAAGAUAAAAUAUUUGUAGUGAAGUGUAAUCCACAUCAUGUGGACAGACUAGUCACGGUUGGGAUGAAGCACAUCAAGUUUUGGCAGCAAACAGGUGGAGGCUUCACCUCCAAACGGGGCACGUUUGGGAGCGUGGGGAAGCUGGAGACCAUGAUGAGCGUCUCGUACGGGCGCGUGGAGGAGCUCGUGUUCUCUGGGGCUGCCACUGGGGACAUCUACAUCUGGAAGGAGACCCUGCUGCUGAGGACAGUGAAGGCCCAUGAUGGACCUGUGUUUGCCAUGCAUGCACUGGACAAGGGCUUUGUAACGGGUGGAAAAGAUGGAAUUGUGGCCCUUUGGGAUGAUAUGUUUGAGAGAUGUCUGAAGACAUAUGCUAUUAAAAGAGCAGCACUCUCUGCUAGUUCUAAAGGUUUGCUUUUAGAAGACAACCCCUCCAUCCGAGCCAUCAGCCUGGGACAUGGGCACAUCCUGGUAGGAACUAAAAAUGGAGAAAUACUUGAAAUUGAUAAAAGUGGGCCUAUGACUCUGCUUGUUCAGGGCCAUAUGGAGGGAGAAGUGUGGGGCCUGGCAGCUCAUCCUCUCCUGCCCGUGUGCGCCACGGUGAGCGACGACAAAACGCUGCGCAUCUGGGAGCUCUCGUCACAGCACCGCAUGCUGGCCGUGAGGAAGCUCAAAAAAGGCGGGCGCUGCUGUGCCUUUUCUCCGGACGGGAAAGCCCUGGCGGUGGGGCUGAACGACGGCAGCUUCCUGGUGGUGAACGCUGACACUGUGGAGGACAUGGUCUCAUUCCAUCACAGGAAGGAGAUGAUCUCGGAUAUAAAGUUUUCACGAGAAUCAGGAAAGUACCUGGCCGUGGCUUCCCACGAUAACUUUGUGGAUAUUUACAACGUCCUUACCAGCAAAAGGGUUGGCAUUUGCAAAGGUGCCUCCAGCUACAUCACCCACAUCGACUGGGACUCCAGAGGAAAGCUAUUGCAAGUCAAUUCUGGUGCCAAAGAACAACUAUUUUUUGAAGCACCAAGGGGGAAAAGACAUAUUAUAAGAAUUGCUGAGAUAGAGAAGAUUGAAUGGGACACCUGGACGUGUGUGCUCGGUCCCACCUGUGAGGGCAUCUGGCCCAUGCACAGCGACGUCACCGUUGUCAACGCGGCCAGUCUCACAAAGGACAGAACCCUCUUGGCCACAGGAGAUGAUUUUGGCUUUGUGAAGCUCUUUUCCUACCCGGUGAAGGGCCAGCAUGCCAGGUUCAAGAAGUACGUGGGGCACAGUGCCCAGGUGACCAACGUGCAGUGGCUGCACAACGACUCCGUGCUCCUCACCGUGGGCGGCGCCGACACCGCCCUCAUGAUCUGGACCAGGGAGUUCCUGGGCAUCCAGGAGAGCAAGCUGGUGGACAGUGAAGAAUCAGACACAGAUGCAGAGGAAGAUGGAGGUUAUGACAGUGAUGUUGCAAGAGAAAAAGCAAUUGACUACACCACUAAGAUCUAUGCAGUGAGCAUCCGAGAAAUGGAAGGCACAAAACCCCAUCAGCAGCUGAAGGAGGUUUCAGUGGAGGAGAGGCCACCCGUGAGCAGAGCUGCUCCUCAGCCUGAGAAACUGCAAAAGAACAAUGUCAACAAAAAAAAGAAAUUGGUUGAGGAGCUGGCUUUAGACCAUGUGUUUGGAUACAGAGGAUUCGACUGUCGCAACAACCUCCAUUACCUGAACGAUGGUGCUGACAUCAUUUUCCACACAGCUGCAGCAGGCAUUGUCCAAAACCUCUCCACUGGAAGCCAGAGCUUCUACCUGGAGCACACUGAUGACAUCCUGUGCCUGACGGUGAACCAGCACCCCAAGUACAAGAACGUGGUGGCCACCAGCCAGAUCGGUGACAUGACAGAAUUCCCAGGUACAACCCCCACAAUUCAUAUCUGGGAUGCCAUGAGCAAGCAAACCCUUUCCAUGCUGCGCUGCUUCCACACCAAAGGCGUCAAUUACGUGAACUUCAGUGCCACUGGCAAACUUCUGGUGUCAGUGGGAGUCGACCCAGAGCACACCAUCACUGUCUGGAGGUGGCAAGAAGGGGCCAAAGUUGCCAGCAGAGGAGGACACCUGGAGAGGAUCUUCGUUGUGGAGUUCCGCCCGGACUCCGACACUCAGUUUGUGUCUGUGGGGGUCAAGCACAUGAAGUUCUGGACCUUGGCUGGCAGCGCUUUGCUCUACAAGAAGGGAGUCAUUGGUUCCAUGGAAGAUGCCAAAAUGCAAACCAUGCUCUCUGUUGCCUUCGGAGCAAAUAACCUCACGUUCACUGGUGCCAUAAAUGGAGAUGUCUACGUGUGGAAGGAUCAUUUCCUGGUCAGGCUGGUGGCCAAGGCUCACACAGGACCCGUGUUCACCAUGUACACGACUCUGCGCGACGGGCUCAUCGUGACUGGCGGGAAGGAGAGGCCCACGAAGGAGGGGGGAGCAGUGAAGCUGUGGGACCAGGAGAUGAAGCGGUGCCGAGCGUUCCAGCUGGAGACCGGGCAGCUCAUCGAGUGCGUGCGCUCCGUGUGCCGCGGCAAGGGGAAAAUCUUAGUGGGAACAAAAGAUGGAGAAAUCCUUGAAGUAGGAGAAAAAAAUGCUGCUUCAAACUUGUUAAUUGACUGUCACAUGGAAGGGGAAAUCUGGGGCUUGGCAACUCACCCCUCCAAAGACAUAUUUAUCUCUGCAAGCAAUGAUGGAACAGCCAGGAUCUGGGACCUGUCGGACAAAAAGCUGGUGAACAAGGUGAGCCUGGGGCACCCCGCGCGCUGCGCCGCCUACAGCCCCGACGGAGAGAUGGUGGCCAUCGGCAUGAGGAACGGAGAGUUCGUCGUCCUGCUGGUCAACAGCCUCAAGGUGUGGGGCAAGAAACGGGACAGGAAGUCUGCAAUUCAGGACAUCAGGAUCAGCCCGGAUAACAGGUUCUUGGCAGUGGGCUCACAAGAACAUACUGUGGAUUUUUAUGAUCUCACUCAAGGCACAACCCUAAACCGAAUUGGCUACUGCAAGGACAUUGCCAGCUUUGUGAUACAGAUGGACUUCUCUGCAGACAGCAGGUACAUCCAGGUAUCCACAGGUGCCUACAAGCGUCAAGUUCACGAGGUGCCCCUGGGAAAGCAAAUCACAGACCCUGCAGUGAUAGAGAAAAUCACCUGGGCCACGUGGACCAGCAUUCUUGGAGACGAAGUCAUUGGGAUCUGGCCACGAAAUGCAGACAAAGCAGACGUCAACUGUGCCUGUGUGACCCACGCUGGCCUGAACAUAGUGACAGGAGAUGACUUCGGGCUGGUCAAGCUGUUUGACUUCCCAUGCACAGAGAAAUUUGCCAAACACAAGCGGUACUUCGGGCACUCGGCGCACGUCACCAACAUCCGCUUCUCGCACGACGACAAGUUCGUGUGUGUUCGUGUGGCGCUGCCUCUGAGGAGCCUCUGGCUGCUGCUGUCCAGCCCCAGGGAAUGCCCCUCCGGCUGCAGGAAUUCCAGCCCUGCUGCAGGCUGACAUUUCCAGAUCACUCAUCCCAAUUUACCAAAAGGGAAUGGGAGCUGGCCUUGGAAAGCCCGACACCCUUGUGAAGGAAGCUGAGGUUUGAAGGGUAACCUGGGGAUCCCAAAGGGAUGAACAGUUCACUCACAAAGCUGCUUUUGCCUAAUACUGUGUUGUUCAAACCAUGUCUGAAAAGGGAGAAAAUGCUGACAAAAGGCUGGGCCCUUUAAUUUCCAAAUUUGUGGCUUGAACAAAGUUCAAAAAGUGGGUGGGUUGUAACCACACCUGCUUAAAACUCCAAUUUGGUGCACUCAGUAAAGCUGGGAGCAUUUAACGAGCAGGCUGGGGAGAGGGGAGGUAACCCUUCAGCUUUCAUUAAUUGAAGGAGCAAAGUAUCCUUUUUUUUUUUUAAGUCCAUUUUAUUUUUAAAUAUAUAUAUAUUUGGCAGAAUUUUCUAUCCAUGAAGUGCCUUGGAAUAAUUUUCUAGUAGUUUGGGCUGCAGCCUUGCCUCCCCCCACCUGCUUUCCACACACGGUGCUAUGACUCUUACCCAGAGGAGGGCUAAACCAUUCUCACCUUUUCCAGCUGGGUACUUACAUGAUCCCUGUUUUCUGCUUUGGUUUUUAAUACCUUCACCAGUGAACUCCCCACUGUUUCCACAGCGAGCGGCUCUGCGCUGUCAGAAGGCCAAAGUGAGGCAUUCCAGCUCCUGGCAGCUGCUCCUGCAGCCAGCAGGGCAAGCUGAGCUCCAGCAGUGAGUGAGGAGAGGGUUUGGACAGACUUGGUUCAAGACAUUUUAACACCAAGAUGGAGGGAGUCAUUCCCCAGUGUUCCUGCAUGCUCCCCCUUUCUGGGAAAACGUGUUUUACACUCCUACAGGCAGUGGCCAGCCAGAAUCUUGGCCUGGUGGGAAAGCCUCCAUCAAUCCCUAUUUCCUGUUCUGGAGGAGGGUCCCAAGCCUCCAAAGGAAUCCCUGGAAUGUCCCUAGAGCAGGGCUGUGUGUGCCCUCCAGCCAGUCCAUGCUGCUUGGAAGUAAAACAUAAAUCCUCUGGUACCAGGAAAUGCAGCUGCUUUUUUUUGUGGGUGGGGGAAAAGCUUCUCCCUGCCUCUCCCUGCUUCUCCCUCACCCCACAGAGCCCCUUGGCCUGGCCUGAGGACAGCUGAGCUCCAAGGGGAGCUGCCUCUGUGGAAAGCAGAACCACAGAUAUUCCCAAAAGGCAACUCAAACCCUUGGCUAUUUGUUAGAACAUUUUGUCAAAACCAAACACUCAAGGGACAGUGGAAUUGGAGAGUUUAAAAAGGAAUAGCAAAUAUGGGCAAUGUCAAAAUAUGUAUUUAAGCUACUCAAAAUUCUGGGUAUGGGCCAACAUCCGUAUUUUGAAAUUACCUUUCUUACUUAUAAGACAUAAAGGCCAAAAUAAAACAUUUAGACUUACAUGCAGUCUCUGCAAAGCAAUAGUGCUUUAGUCCCAGUUCAGGACAAUAGGAUUUUGAACUCUGGAACCUUCCUGCCAGUCCUUUUCUGCUGCCCACUGCAUAGAAAAGUAGCAAAAACAUCCCAUUAAAGGAGUGGAUUCCUGUCUGUUUAACACACAAAGUGCUUCAGCAACCUCAAGAAUCACUUUUUUUUUUACAAUUGAAUUUAUUAAUGCCUUAUAUGACUAUACAGCAGAGCAGUUUGUCAGAUACACAGUACGAGUCCCUAUGCAGUCUUUUUUUCAAAGAAACCUUUGGGAUCGAAUCCUGUUCUGUCAGGGGGUGCCAGCAGUGACACCUCUGCCUGUGUUGUAACCACUCAUGUUUGCCUUCCUUCCACGUUGAUUGUAUCCCAAAUAAAACCAGUUGCGUGGCAGAAUGAAUUAAUCAACAGUGAUGUGAGAAAUCUCUUCAAGCAAUAGUGUCUGUCAGGAAAACACUUACCUACGGUUUGUAUGUUUCUAUGGUCUGGCUUCCUGUAUAAAAUGCUCAGAAGUAAUGCUGUAUUUUACUGUAAACUGAAAUAUUAAUGCAUGGAUUUCUAUUUUUCAAUGGUCAAGGUGCCAUUCAUUUAAAAUCUGCAUCUCAAAUAAAUUUGUACACAAGUUUUCAAUGUCCAGCUCUUAAAUCAGAAUCAACACGUUCACCUGGAAAGAUUAUUGGGACUUAUUUCCUUCAACCUUGAAGAUGGCAUCAACCAUUCCUGUCUCAGAACUCCAAGAACCCGACGGCCUCUGGAGCACCCUGGGACACUGGAGGUGGCCCUGAGCUCCUUCAGGCUGCAGAGGAGGAGAAGGGACCGUGACAAACCGCCCUGCACCGCGCUCGACUCGGACACUACUGCCACCACCAUGGACAAUGGAUAUUUAUCACCAUGAAUUCUAAUAAACACCAAUCUGUUAAACUUGCCUCAAGAAAGCCAAAUACCGGUAUCAUUUUAUGUCUAUAAGCUUUAUUGAUACUUGGGGUUUUGGGGUUGGUUUUUUUUUUUCCUUUUUUGUUGGGAUUUUUUUUACAUUUCACAAUGCAUUCCACAGACUUAGUUCAGUACAGCUCAAACUGCAAGUGUAUAAAUUUUCACUUAUCAUUUCUUGCAUAACAGGACAGGGCUUUAAGUUUCCAAACAACAUUUGCAGCAUUAGAUACUCGGUCCACAGAUUAUCAGAGUCUGAAAGCUGGAGAAUUAUUUGCUCAAGAUCAACUACUGUACGUUUGUGCAACAAAGUGUAUGCUGUAAGUUUCUUUUACUCUGUGUGGAGUUCUUUGUUCAUUUCUUUUUUGUUGUUUCCAACA